AUGGAAACCUUCUUCAACUUUGAAGCGUAUUUACCUAGCGAAAGAAUUGAAUCUUCACAUAACAUUCAUGUUUUUAGAAAAUGUUUUUGCAUUGAUUUUGAGUUCAGCCACACAAUUGUACCUUCUCAAUCCAAUGCCACAACCUUUAUGCCCGAUUUUACAACUACAAUAAAAAAAGUUGUAGCGAUUCCUAUUGAAAUUCUGUGUAAUGGUUUGGAAGGAGAUCAUAAUGGUGUUUUAUACGCCGAAUUUUCUUUUGUACCAGAUGAUUUAUUAUAUACGGUUCUACCAAAUCUUGAAGAAUUUGCUAGACAAAUAGUUGCACACAACUAUGAAAAUCGUGAUAUAUUAGAGUUGAAUGUGCGUCUUUCUGCCAUAACAUCAAUUGAAGAGGAGGAAGAAGAUUUUAGAAAUCAAGAUGAUUAUGGUCAAGCCCAACAAGUUGUUGAUUUGAUGGAGAAAUUAGAAAAUUGUUAUCCUUUUUCUGACUCAACCGAACAAUGUCCUAUUUGUUUGGAGGAGUUUUGCAUUAAAUCAGAUUUAGCUCGUACCAAAUGCUCACAUGUUUUUCAUAAAAAUUGUAUUGGCUCAUGGAUUCAACAAUGCAUCAAUCGCUCAUCAACUUACACUUGUCCAUUGUGUCGAGGAGACUCUGAAUAUGAGUCAGAGUCAGAAGAUGACUCUGAAUCUGAAGUCGAGUCUGAUUUUGAAUAUGAGUCAGAAUAUGAAGGUUCUGAAGAAGAGUUAGAAUAUGAGGGUUCUAAAGAUGAGUCAGAGUUAGAAGAUGACUCUAAAGAUAAAGAUGAGUCAGACUCUGAAAGUGACUAUGAAGAUGAAGAAGACUCUGAAGGCGAGUCUGAUUCUGAAGGUGAAUCUGAUUUUGAUCCAGAUUCUGAUGAUGAUCCAGAAUCUGGAGGUAAUCAAAUCUUUGAAGGUGGAGCUUCUGAAGGUGGAGCCUUUGAAGGUGGUCCAACUUCUGAGGGCGGUCAAGCAUCCGAUAAUGUUCUAGAAUCAGAAAGGGAUUCUAAACAAGUUUAG